ACCACCAGCCCACUCCAGCCAAAGCCUUGAAGGGACCUGUAAGAGGGCAGCGAGGGGCUGAGUGUCAUCGCCGGGCCCAGCAUGUGCACUGGGAGCUGCGCCAAGUGCCUGGGGGGCACCCUCAUCCCCCUGGCUCUGUUUGGCUUCCUGGCUAACGUCCUGCUGUUUUUCCCUGGAGGAAAAGUGAUCGAGGACAACAGCAACCUGUCUGAAGAGGUCUGGUAUUUCGGAGGAAUAUUAGGAAGUGGGGUCUUGAUGAUCUUCCCUGCGCUGGUGUUCUUGGGCCUGAAAAACAACAAUUGCUGCGGGUGCUGUGGCAGUGAGGGCUGUGGAAAGCGAUUCGCGAUGUUCACGUCCACAAUAUUUGCUGUGAUUGGAUUUGUGGGUGCUGGAUACUCAUUUGUCAUCUCAGCCAUCUCCAUCAACAAGGGUCCGAAAUGUUUCUUGGGCAAUGACACAUGGACCUACCCCUUCCAGAACGGGGAUUAUCUCAGUGACCAAGCCUUGUGGAACAUGUGCAAAGGGCCCCCUGAUGUGGUUCCCUGGAAUCUGACCCUCUUCUCCAUCCUGCUGGUCAUAGGAGGAAUCCAGAUGAUUCUGUGUGCUGUCCAGGUGAUCAAUGGUCUCCUGGGCACCCUCUGUGGAGAAUGCCAAGGAGGCUGCUGUGGGGCAGAAAGACCAGUCUAAACCUCUGCAGUGAGCUGCUCUAAACCUGCAACAUUUGGAAAGGUGUUAGACUCAGUUUCCCUGCUUAGACUGUUCAUUCUCAUCUGCACCCCCACUGACAAAGCUUAGGGAAAGCGCAGCUAUCCCUUCUCCUGACAGCCGGUUUAUUUUCAAAUAAAAAGUAGAUUCAAUUUUUGAUUUAUAAGUUUCUCAAAUUAGCUCCUGUUUAGAGUUUAAGAACAAGUUCAAAGUCAAUUUUCCAUGUUUUUUUUUUUUCUUAAGAGUGUCAAAUGUAUGAAGUUACGUAUCCUGCCAGACUGCUUCUUUGUAUAUAAAGAUGUUUAUAUCUUUGGAAGCUUUACUAAAGUCAAGGGAGGAAAAUGAAUUAAAAAUGAGAAACUAAUUUUUUCCAGAUUUAUAGGAAAGGGAUGAUUAAUGUAUCAUAAAUGAUUUUUAUGUAAUGCUUUUUUUUUUUUGCUAAUUUGAGUUACUACUUAUGAAUAGCUUUUUGCUAGGCUUCCCUCAUGUAUAUUAAAUUGAAAUUUGAAUUCAGAGAUAAUGUAAUAAAGAUUAGAUGUCAUUGAAGGAGGCCCAGGAGCAAAAGGUUGAAUGGAUAAUGCCUUUAAUCAUUUUAGAAAUGCUUUCUUUGACCAAACGAAAAUGUUUCUAAAAAGUUGAUUUGAAUGUUACUUUUGCAGUCUUUUUCCAGGAUUAAGACAAUAAGUAAUAUUAAUUCUCGGUGUGACAUUAGGACACUAACUAGUUUUAUGUGUCAGAAAUUAAAAUGAAAACCAACCCAUUUGAUUGAUUUUAGGCUCAAACCUAAAUCCAGCUUCAGGAUCCUGGAAAAAUACUUUUCUCAGCCUUAGUUUCCUCAUCUGUAAAACAACUGUUAAAAGACAGUGAUUCAGGAAAUUCCGAAGUCACCCAAGAAGGAAACAAAGACUUGGGGUACCGUAAUCUUGACCUAAUGAACAAUCUGGAGGGUCUUGGAGAGAAUCGUGUACCGGAGAGGUUCCCCUUCUGCACCCUUCGAGCUGACAGGCUGCACGCUGAAAGUGGGGAUACUCGUGGUAUCAAUAAAACAUUAGUGAUCGCCUA